GUUGUAGAAGCGCUGUGGGCGUGUUGAAGUGGCAAUGGCGGCAUUGUCUCUGAUUCUAUGAUGAUAAAAUAAUGUUCAGGAAAGGGAAAAAACGGCAUAGUAGCAGCAGUUCACAAAGCAGUGAAAUCAGCACUAAAAGCAAGUCUGUAGAUUCUAGUCUCGGCGGUCUUUCAAGAUCUAGUACUGUUGCUAGUCUAGAUACAGACUCCACGAAAAGUUCAGGUCAAAGUAACAGCAAUUCAGAUACUUGUGCAGAAUUUAGAAUUAAAUAUGUUGGUGCUAUCGAAAAACUGAAGCUUGAUGAAAGCAAGACUUUGGAUGGACCGCUGGAUUUGAUAAAUUACAUAGAUGUGGCACAGCAAGACGGAAGGUUACCCUUUGUGCCGGGGGAAGAAGAAUUUAUAAUGGGCGUUUCCAAAUAUGGUAUUAAAGUCACAACUUUAGAUCAGUAUGAUGUCUUGCAUAGACAUGCACUCUGCCUAAUUGUGCGGAUGGUCUGCUACGAUGAUGGCCUAGGGGCUGGGAAGAGUUUACUGGCUUUGAAGACGACAGAUGCAAACUGUGAAGAAUACAGCCUCUGGAUAUACCAGUGUAACAGUCUGGAACAAGCGCAAGCUAUUUGUAAGGUAUUAUCAGCGGCGUUUGACUCGGUUUUGACCUGUGAGAAGUCCUGAAUUUCUCCAGCUGCAUUUCACACUGAGAGGGAAGUACCACUUGCUGUG